AUGGUCGCCUUUUCCAGCCUCUUCGCGGCUUUCACCGGCUUUGCCGUAGUGAUCGCCGUGCCAACCGGCCUUGGUCCUUCGCCCAGCAGUGUGAACAUCACAGAGCGUGGCAUUCAUGACUUUGUUCUUGGGCUUCAUAAUGACGUUCGUCGCCGUGCUAGCAUUAACUACGACCAAAACUAUCAAACUGGUGGAACUGUCAACUACUCCCCAUCCGGUACUGGAUUUUCCGUUAAUUGGAACACUCAAGAUGACUUCGUUGUCGGUGUUGGCUGGACCACUGGAUCGACUUCACCCAUCAACUUCAGCGGCUCUUUUGGUGUCAGCGGCGGAACUGGCCUACUCUCUGUCUACGGCUGGACCACCAAUCCUCUUGUUGAGUACUACAUUAUCGAGAGCAACUCGAACUUUCCCACAUCCGGCACUCAAAAGGGGUCUGUCACUAGCGAUGGAUCAUCUUACACGGUAUGGGAGAACACCCGGGUAAACGAGCCUUCUAUUCAAGGCACUGCAACCUUUAACCAGUACAUAUCCAUUCGAAAUUCUCAUAGAACUAGCGGGACUGUGACAGUUGAGAAUCACUUUAAUGCGUGGAAGUCACUUGGCUUAGAUCUUGGAACCUUUAACUACCAGGUUAUUGCUAUUGAAGGCUGGGGCGGCAGCGGUUCUGCAUCUCAGACUGUCAGCAAUUAG